UCAGCACCUAGGCUCACAUUUCUGCAGUGAUCGUAAUCACUAAUCACAUUAGCCAACACGCUAAACUCAUUAAAGCGAUAACCCACUUUAGGGUGAUGACCCCAGUGAGAAACUAUUAUGUUUUGAGGAAGGAGAGGCAGAUAUCCCUGCAUCCGUUGUCUUGUUCCAUCCCAGCUACGAGUCAGCCAGACUAGAGGCUUCCUCCGUCUGCUUUUCCAUUAGCGUGUAAUGGGAUCUCCUGCUCAGAUGGGCUGGAUAUUCUCAUUGUUUAUGAGUGUUUCAUAAUUGGAAGGGAUUCUGGGAGCCGUAUAAAGCAGUCUUUCUGCAUGCAGUCCGCGGUUCCUGGGCAAGUCCUCUAGCCUUCAACAUGAUUUUUGACCAUGUGAGUUCUGCAAGGCUAGUCUCGCUGCCGCGCAAACGCUCCAAGGUCGAGUCUGCCAAAAAGUUCUGGAAGGAGCUGGUGGGAAGUAACCCUCCGCAGAGGAACUGGAAGGGAAUAGCGAUCGCACUGCUUGUUAUUCUGGUCAUCUGCUCUCUGAUCGUCACCUCUGUCAUUCUGCUGACUCCAGGUGAGGAUGAUAGCCUGGCCUUUAAGGAAAAAGUGACAGUGGAAGAAAUCUUCAAGAAAGACUUCAAAGUUCACGACCCCAACGCUAAGUGGAUCAGCAAUAAUGAGCUCCUCUAUCGUACCCGUGAAGGUGACGUGGUUCGCUUCAACAUGGAGACAAACGAGAGCACGAUCUUGGUGACAAACAGAAAGUUUGAAAUGUACAAAGCCAGCAAAUAUGAAGUUUCCCCAGAUAUGAAACUCGUUCUGCUGGCCUACAACGUGCAGCUGGUUUACGAGCACUCCUUCACCGCGGACUACAUCAUUUGCAGCCUGGAAACUCCGGAAACGUGGAUCCUGAACCCUCCUGAAGUCAGAAAUGCCCAUCUGCAGUAUGCUGGAUGGGGACCACGAGGCCAGCAGCUGAUCUUUAUAUUCGAGAAUAAUAUCUACUACCGGGCCACAGUGGAGAACAGAUCCAUUCGUCUGGUUUCUACCGGGAAGGAGGGUGUGAUAUUCAAUGGCCUCACCGACUGGCUCUAUGAAGCGGAGAUCUUUAAGUCCCACAUCGCACACUGGUGGUCUCCGGAUGGGGCUCGACUCGCGUACGCGACCAUCAACGACACGCUGGUGCCCAGAAUGGAGAUCCCCAUGUUCACCGGCUCGCUCUACCCGACGGCGAGACAGUACCAUUAUCCUAAGGCAGGAGAGGAAAAUCCUGUCAUUUCUUUGUAUGUGGUGAAUCUCAAUGGGCCUCUGCACACUAUUGAGAUGAGAAGACCAGAGGACCAAAGAAUAGGGGAGUACUAUGUGACAAUGGUGAAGUGGGCCACAAGUACCAAACUAGCUGUAAACUGGCUGAACCGUGCACAGAAUAUCUCCAUCCUGACCCUCUGCGUGGCCACAACGGGUGUCUGCACUAAGAAACACGAGGAUGAAAGUGAAGGGUGGCUGCACAGACAGAACGAAGAGCCGCUGUUCUCGAAAGACGGUCUGAGGCUGUUCUUCACCAGAGCAAUCCCGCAGGGAGGACGAGGGAAGUUUUUCCACAUCUCCAUGUCCAUCUCACAGCCCAACAGCAGCACAGACACUCUGCAGUCCAUCACAUCAGGAGACUGGGACGUCACGCAGGUUCUGGCAUAUGACGAGGAGAGCCAGUUAAUAUAUUUCCUCAGCACUGAGGAUGACCCUAAAAGAAGACAUCUCUACAGCGCAGACACAGUGGGCACUUUCAACCGCCGCUGUCUGUCCUGUGACUUCACUGAUAGCUGUGGGUACGUCAGCGGCUCCUUUAGUCCCACCAUGGACUACUUCCUGCUCAACUGUAAAGGUCCUGGAGUUCCAUAUGCUGCAGUUUACAGCACACAUUAUAGACAGAAGGUACAAGACAUCGAGUUGAAUCUGAACCUAAGGAGAAAGGUGAACUCCAUGCAGAUGCCGAGAGUGGAAUACAGGGAGAUAAACAUAGAGGAUUACAGCCUCAGCGUGCAGAUCCUGAAACCUGCAGGCUUCAUAGACACAUCACACUACCCACUUCUGCUCCUUGUAGAUGGGACUCCGGGCAGUCAGUCGGUCUCAGAGCAGUUUCACAUCGACUGGGCAUCAGUGCUGGUCAGCAGUUUUGGGGUGGUUGCAGUGCGCUUUGAUGGACGUGGAAGUGGCUUCCAGGGAACUAACUUGCUUCAUAAGGUGCAGCGCAGGCUGGGGAUGUUCGAGGAGAAAGACCAGCUGGAUGUCCUCAGUAUUAUGAUGCAGGAGCAGUAUAUUGACAAGACCAGAAUUGGAGCUUUUGGACAGGUGUAUGGAGGUUACAUAACCAGCCUUCUGCUCAGCUCUGAAGACUCUAUGCUCAAGUGUGCUGCAGUGCUCUCACCCAUCACAGACUUUGCACUAUAUGCCUCAGCUUUCUCCGAGAGAUAUCUGGGCCCUCCCAAGCCAGACCGGAGAGCAUACGAGAUGGCCAACCUUGCAUACAGAGCAUCCCAGUUCAUUGAUAAGAAGUUUUUAAUCAUUCAUCCGACAGCAGAUGAAAAAGUUCAUUUUCAGCACACGGCCAAAUUCAUCUCCAGGCUAAUCAGCGAGAGAGCCAAUUAUUCUUUGCAGAUCUACCCAGACGAAGGACACUUCAUUCACAACGAGCUGACGCGACAACAUCUCAGUCAGUCACUGGUCAACUUCUUCGAGGAGUGUUUCCGGCUCCCGGAUCUAGUGUUCGAGGAGGCGUUAGAGGAGGAGAGCGAAGAAGAGGGUUAGUCCACCCGUUCCAUGAAAGUCCAAGCACAAAGCCAGCUCCUUUUGCCACAUAAUAUGCAACCCAUUGAUUUGAACCCUCCAGUUUUCAGUUCCCUCCCGGUGUAGCAUGCUGACUCUGAGAACGCCCCGGCCUUUAGUUCCUGCCUCAGCUCCCCUUCAGGUGCUCCUCACCAUCCAUCAACCCUCGACGUGGCAUCAGGCUGGCGCCACAUCGUCUCGCUCUCCCCAGCAGGCCAGUUAUAAGCUUCUGAAGGUGUUAGGAGUCUCUGGUCUGUCCAUCACGUUGACGGAUGAGAUGGCGCGAUAUUAACUGACCGCCGAGCUCGAAUCCCCUAGAGCUGUGGGACUCGCAGGAGUUGAAACAGCGAGACUGAAGGGGGUCAUUCGGUGUUUGAUAUUUGGUGUUUUGGGGGCGAAAAAGGGGUUGUUGUCGUCGGGAGAACGUGUCAUUUGUGGUUCAAAAGGUCUUCUCAUGUCCGAUUGUACUCGUGUCUGGUGUUCCAAUGUAAAGAAAAACAUUCCCUUUGGAUAUCUAUAAAACUUGUUUUUUUUCCGUGUUCUCAAGCGUGUCCGAGUCUUGGAAAUCGUGUAGCCUCAAGUGUGUAUUUAGAUGGUGUUUAUUCAUUGCCGAAACUUCAUCAUGCGGAAGGGGAGCGAAAGCGAUUCUCAUUAUUCUCGCAGACCAUGACAGUUGUACAAGACUGUUGAUCCCACUUCUCAUCGUGUGUUUUUUUUUUCUUGAAGUGAUGGUCUGUCAGUGCCGGAGAAAGCACUCUAUGUUGAUUUAGUCACUGUGCCUUAUUAUGGGGGCGAACUAUGUUCGAGGAGCCCCCUUGUGAAUAUCACCAGGCUUAUGUUGGAUCGAGUAAAAUCCUGUAUCUAAAGCAUACGCUUUUUUGUUGCCAUAAUAGAAUUACAAAUUUUUAUUUG